UUUGAAAAAUUAAAUUUGUCGAAACUUCUGAUCGCGGAGGUUAUUGCACGGGCUCGGUUGAUACGAGCUAUAGUGUGAAAUAACUUCUCCGUGUAGCAGCUCUUGUUCGCUGCUCCUUGUAGCUGUAAAUAUUUCUCAAAUUCGGCGUAGCCAUGGAGGUCCUUGCAAGUGCAGUGACCAUGCGCAGUUCGGUACCAUCAUCUUCUUCCAUUGAUUACUUCCAUAACGUACCUAGAAGGUCGCAGGCUGCACCGAGUAGAAGAACAAGCACGGGAGUGGGGAAUUCUGCCCUCUCACGGCACCACGAAGGUUUGCGGGCAUCGUCUGCGGUAGAUAUUUUGCGACCUCUGUCUUUGACCGAGGGUUUUGAAGUAGCUGUACAUUCGCACCUGUCAAUGGGAAGGAGUAUUGAGCAGCAGAGUCGCGGAAUUGUCACCGCGGUGUUUGAGAGGUUUACGGAGAGAGCGAUCAAGUCAGUGAUGUUGGCACAAAGAGAAGCCAAAGCUCUUGGUAAACGAGAAGUUGGAACGGAGCAGCUGUUGCUGGGAUUGAUUGCGGAAGAUAGAGGGAGUGAAGGCUACCUCAGUUCAGGCGUUACGAUCGAUAGGGCCAGGGAAGCCGUAAAGGCUUUGUUGAAUGAAUCGGAGGGCAGCAAUUUACUCGGGCCAGCAACGGAUGUUCCAUUCUCCCACGGAAGCAAGAGAGUGUUUGAAGCGGCACUUGAGCAUUCGAAAAAGAUGGGACACAAUUACAUUGCUCCAGAGCACAUUGCGAUUGCUCUAUUGGCUGUGGACGAUGGAGGUGCCAGCAAGGUCCUUGACAAGUUGGGUGUGAAGAAGGGGAAAUUACAGUCAGAGGCUGUAGCGAAGCUGCAGGGUGAGCUAGAGAAGGAGGGUCGUGCAGCAUCGUCAUCAGUUGCCAUGCCACAAAAGGCAGCCGCUGGCGGCACCCCUUCGAAACGUGGUUCUUCCAGAAAAGAAAAAAGUGCAUUGAAUGACUUCUGCGUUGACCUAACUGCAAAGGCCGCAGAAGGUAAGGUAGAUCCAGUAAUUGGCCGCGACCAAGAAGUGCAGCGAGUGGUACAAAUUCUUGCCCGUCGAACGAAGAAUAAUCCAAUUCUUCUAGGUGAACCUGGGGUCGGGAAGACUGCGAUUGCCGAGGGUCUUGCAAUGCGAAUAUGUAAAGGCGAUGUUCCUGAUUUCUUGAUCGGAAAGCGGGUGAUGUCACUGGAUAUGGGAUUGCUCCUAGCUGGAGCCAAGGAACGCGGUGAAAUGGAGACGCGGGUGACUAGUCUAAUUGAAGAGACUCGGUCUGCAGGGAAUGUAAUCUUACUAAUUGAUGAAGUGCACACACUGGUGGGGUCUGGUUCGGUUGGAAGAGGAGGUAGCGCAGGGGCAGGUUUAGACAUUGCCAACCUACUAAAGCCUGCUCUAGCGAGAGGGGAGCUUCAGUGUAUUGGAGCAACAACUCUGGACGAACAUCGCAAGCACAUUGAGAAAGACAAAGCCCUAGCACGUCGCUUCCAGCCAGUCAUGGUUUUGGAGCCUUCACAGGAGGACGCUGUGACCAUAUUGAUGGGGUUGCGCAGUAGAUAUGAAGAACAUCAUAGGUGCCACAUAACCAGCGAAGCAGUGGAGACUGCCGUGUACUUGGCUUCUCGGUAUAUUGCUGAUCGGUUCUUGCCUGAUAAGGCUAUCGACCUUUUGGAUGAAGCUGGAAGUCGAGCUCGAAUUAACUCUUUUAGGAAGAGAAAGGAGCGACAAACUAGUAUCUUGACUAAAUCUCCAAGCGAAUACUGGCGGGAGAUUCGUGCUGUACAGGCUUCACAGGAAUCGAUUUUAGUUUCGGUUUCAGGAAGUACGGAUGCUCCUGGAGAGGACCUGUCAAGUCCAUCAACAACGGAAUCAAUAGAAGCAGAAUUGGGUAAUGAUGCGUUGUCUGUGCCAAAUAAUGACGUAUUAGAUGCGAGCAUUGUCAGCGACGAUGAGGAGUUUGCGGAAGGACCUGUGGUGGUCGGACCAAGUGAAAUCGCGGCAGUGGCAUCCAUGUGGUCUGGUAUUCCGGUGGAACAGUUGACAAACGACGAACAAAUCAAAUUAAUGAACUUAGAGAAACUUCUCCAGACUCGCGUUGUGGGUCAAGAUGAUGCGGUAAAUGCAAUCUCGCGGGCUGUGAGAAGGGCACGUGUGGGAUUGAAGGAUCCUAAUCGGCCUAUUGCUGCAAUGCUUUUCUGUGGUCCAACAGGAGUUGGAAAGACGGAGCUCACGAAAGCUCUGGCCCAGCACUACUUUGGAUCGGAAGAAUCCAUGAUUCGAUUGGACAUGAGUGAGUACAUGGAGAGGCACACCGUGAGUAAGUUGGUUGGAUCUCCUCCAGGUUAUGUAGGAUAUGGUGAAGGUGGUAUACUCACUGAAGCCGUGCGUCGGCGCCCAUUCACAGUAAUUCUUAUGGACGAAAUCGAGAAAGCUCAUCCUGAUGUUUUCAACAUGCUACUACAAAUAUUUGAAGAUGGCCAUCUUACCGAUUCUCAGGGGAGAAAGGUGUCCUUUAAGAAUGUUUUGAUUGUGAUGACAUCUAAUAUAGGUUCGCAACAAAUCGCAAAGGGAGGUAGUAGCCGAAUUGGGUUCACGUACCACAAUCCCGAUGAAGCAGACGGUGGCAAGUACUCGCAAUUGAAGGAACUUGUCAUGGAUGAACUGAAAGGUUAUUUCAGACCAGAGCUGCUGAACAGGUUGGACGAAGUGGUUGUGUUCAGGUCAUUGGAGAAGUCGCAGGUGCGUGCUAUCGUGGACAUUAUGCUUGAGGAAACGAAGACGCGGUUGUCUGCCCGGGGACUGAAUCUGGAAAUUUCUGAAGCAAUGGUGAAGCUCAUAUGUGACCAGGGAUAUGAUAGAAGUUAUGGUGCCAGGCCUUUGAGACGGGCAGUGAUGAGUUUAGUUGAGGACAAUCUCAGCGAAGCGUUACUGCAGGGCGAGUUCAAGGACGGGGACACUGCUCUAAUAGAUAUUGAUGAGACAGGGAAUCCGAAGGUUCUCCGAUACGAGAAACCCAAUGUCUGUGAUCAUGGCCUGUGCUUGCCUGAGUUGAAGACGGUGUCUGUUUCAUCGCCACCAAGCUGAAGUUGGACACGUCCAUCACAUUAUAGUAGAGUUUCAUUUCUCUGCAGUUAGAAUUCAUUGAAGGUGGUUCAGUGUCUCCAUUAAUUUGUUGGUCACGUGAAAUGCAUGCGGUACGACAUCCAGCCAGCAGUUGUAGCUACUUCUGUCCUGUAAAUGUGUGCCUUGGUUUUUUAACUACUUUAAAAGUGAUCGUGUGAUUGUAUACUAGUAUGUUAAUAGAACCUUGGAUUUGGUUGUCCUUAGGCAUUGCAUAUACUUAUGAUAUGUGACGAUAUUCAUUCUUAGUGCUAACAACAUUUUUCCCAAUUGUGCCAAAUGGGCAUGCUUAUUCAUGGCAUUCCAAGUUGUCACUCUAUUCUCUUGCUCUGCUUGCACGUUAGCAUGAUUGCAUUUGAUUAGAGUGUGCAACCAGAGUGCAUUUGAUUUAAUAAACACACUACAUUUCAAAA